AUGGGUAGACGGUCUGGCAGUAAAAAUGGGAAAAAACAACGCAAAACGGGAAAGGGUACAAGUAAAAGAACUCUUGAAUCGAAGGUUUUGAAUUCCUACAAUGAAGAUUCGUUAGCCGAGAACGACUUUAUGGAUGCAAACGAAGAGAGUGACAACAAUCUACCAUACUCAACUGUCGUUAAUUCAGAUGAGGACGAAGAAAUUGAUAGUGACGAGGCUUUCGAUGAAGAAGACGAAGAACGGUUCUCGGAAUGGACCUUCAGAGCUUCAAAAAGCGGUCAGAAAGCACAAACUUCCAAAACUUCGCGCACCUCUGAAAAACCGAACGAAAUUUCUCUAAAUGAGGAUGAUGAGAGCGAGGGAAGCGAUGAGGAUGAAGGAAUGGUUGAUCUGGACACAUUACUAGGCAAAGAUUCUGGUGAAGACAGUGAUUCGCAAGAGGAAAUCUCUGAGAGUGAAGCAACUGAAGAUUCCGAGGAUGAAAACGAUUCUGAAGAUUCUUCGGAAGAUGAAACUUCUGAAGAAAGCGACUUCCAGGGUUUUAACUCCGAAUCUGAAGACGAGGAUAACGAGCAAAAGUUGGAAAGCCUUCACAAUUAUAUUGCUUCCAUCGACAACAAGCGGAAACAUGUUGGUGACGACGAGCCAUCCUCAAGUGAUGAAGCCAUCGAUCCAGUCAAACGUACAAAAGUAGACUUUAAUGAGGAGAAAAAGGAAUCAGAGUUCAAUGUCUACACCGAAGAUUCCCGUCCAAAGCUACAAUUGAGCACCCUCCUUUCUUCAUUGAAUUCUUCCCAAGAUAUCAAAAGUUCUCUGAAGCCUCUUAUCAGCGAAUCCUCGAAAUAUUCAGAGAGAAAGCUUGAUGCGCCCUUAGCAAAGCCAAUUGUUGAACGGCUAGAGCGACAAGCUGCUUAUGAGCAAACAAAAGAAAAUUUGGAUAAGUGGAAGCCUAUUGUUGCUGAAAAUAGAAAGGCUGAUCAACUUGUAUUUCCCAUGAACGAUACCGUCCGGCCUACCCAAACAAACAAUGAGCUUGUCGCGACGUACAGGCCGGUUACCGAUUCUGAAAAAGCUAUUAAUAGUGCCUUGGCCAGUGCAGGAGUUGCCAGUGAAGAACAAAUAAAAAAAUCAGAAGAACUGGUCAUGAACAAGUUGUCCGUCGAAGAAGUUGCUGAGCGUACCAAACAACUUCGCUUCAUGCGUGAACUUAUGUUCCGUGAGGAACGUAAGGCUAAACGCGUUGCAAAGAUUAAGAGUAAAACUUAUCACCGCAUUCACAAAAAGGAACGUGAGCGUCUGGCUCAAUUGGUUCCGAAGAGUGAAGAAGAACUUGAACAAGAACGUAUCAAAGAAGAGUUUGAACGUGCAAAAGAACGUGUUACUCAAAAACAUCGUAACACUAGCAAAUGGGCCAAGAAAAUGUUGGACCGCGCCGGACAUGGUGAAGAGGGCAGCCGUGAAGCUGUUUUGGAGCAUAUUCAACGUCGAGAUGAACUUACUAGACGUAUUCAGGGUGAGGACCUGGACGACGACAGUGAUCGAAACUUAGAGAGUGACGAAAUCGAUAGCGAUGAGGACUUGGACGAACAGGUCUCAGGUGCAUUCAAUCGUAUUCGUUCUGAGCAAGAACCAAAAUUAAAGGGUGUCAUGGCGAUGAAAUUUAUGCGUGAUGCUGCUACUGCUAAAGCUAAACAAUUGGAUAAGGACAUGGAAGAUUUUGAAAACCAAGUUGCUGGGCGUACUGAUGAAAACGAUGAGGACUCCGUGGAUGAAAACUUGGUGACUGAUUCCAAUGGGAGAAAAUCAUUCGCACCUCAGGUCACAGCCGCCCACAAUUUGAAAAGAAAGGAGAAUGUGUUUUUGCCUAAAGGCUCUCAACAAAGCGAAGUAGCGAAAGCACUCGUGGAGGAGGCUGUUGCUAGUAAAAAGAAUUCGCAAAAUAAGAAAGAUACUGCCUUGGCAGAAUCGGAUAAUCCGUGGUUAAGUUUGGACACAGACAAGUCUUCCAAGCGGUCGGCAAGUUUGUCCAAAGAUUCUAAUUCUCAACAGAAACAAGAGCGUAAACUUGCUAAUCGAAAAGCCCGCUCAGCAAGUGCCCAAGGUGAUGUUGAUGUUGUUGUCGAUGUCAAUCAAGGUUUCGGAUCCAAUUCGGAUGAUGAAGCCAAUCUCUCUGACACUAUUCCCACUCUCACGGCUACAAGUAGCAAGUUCUCGAUACAGCAACGUGAUCUUGUUGCUAAGGCUUUCGCCGGUGACAAUGUUGUCGCGGAAUUCAGAAGAGAUAAGAAGGCAGCCGUAAAGGAAGACGCGCCCAAGGAAGAAGAUAAUUCCCUCCCCGGCUGGGGAAGUUGGACUGGUGCUGGCACCAAGAACAAGCGCAAGCCUAAGGUUAAAAAAGUUGCUGGAUUAGACCCGUCAAAGCGUAAGGACGCGAAACUAAAAAAUGUGAUUAUCAACGAAAAACGCAACAAGCACAAUGCCAAGCUGACUGUUUCCCACGUUCCUUUCCCCUUCGAAUCUAGAGAACAGUAUGAGCGUUCGCUACAAGUACCGAUGGGACCUGAGUGGACUACGCGCGCUACUCAUCACAAGGUUGUCGCUCCCCACGUUGUCACCAAGAAGGGCAAGGUUAUUCAACCUCUCAAAGCUCCUUCAAGUUAAAUGCAGUUACUUCAUCCAUGCGUUACCAAUCAUUGGUUGUAUAGGUUUAUUAUUUUGUUUUCUUUUGGAAUGUUAGAUCAGGUUUAUUUUUUGAAUGGUAAAUAGAGCUUAGGUUCAUGGUUUUGCGCUAAAAGGACUUGCGUAUUAAAUAGUGAAACGAUAAAGUUUACAAUUUCUGAGAAGACUUUGCUGUCUCAGAGGUAAUGAGGUCGCGAAGAAUCUGCAAGUGCUCAACAGUUGUUUCGCAGCAACCGCCGAGCAACAGCUUUCCGUCAUUAAGGCGAACGUAAGGGGCAACUGCCUGAGCCCAUUCACGAGGUGUAGGAGCAAUGCCGUUUGGUGAGUACGGGUGCGCAUUCCAAAGACCUCGACCGUCAGGAUACAAAACAGCAUGAAGGGUCGGGUGCGGGGAGAUGUGUUUCUCAAGCACAUUAGCAAUCUGAGGAAGAAGACUAAUGUGACAGCAGUUUACGCCUGUUCCCCAAAGGUAAGUAAGAGGACCCUUCAUCACAGACUCAAGGAUUCCAUCCACACGAUCGAUGGCUUCUACAGACGGACAGGUGAAGGUUAUCCAGCACCGCUUUCCAUAUCCCUUCAUAUCGUCAAUAAGCUUUAAAACGGCGCUAGCUUCGACCACGUGCGGCAAACUUUCAAAAGCGAGGAAGUCAAUACUAGCAAACGCCUUUGGGUUAGAGCGUUGCAUACGUUCAAGACGACGUUUGUGAAAGUUGUACAGCUUAUCAAAGUCCUCUUCAUCGUAAACCAUAUUGUAUUCCAUUGCACCAGGAACUGUGGCGGCAUAGCUUCCCAAAGAUAUUGCUACAAAUCGAUUAGCUUGAGCACUUUGCUGCUUAGCCUGCAAAGGCAGUUCCAUUCCUCGAGAGUACACAACAUCCAAAGGCGCGUUCUCUUCGGCUUCAUCAUAAAUCGAUUCGUCCAGCUGGUACGUAUACGUGCUUAUGACAUUGCAUGGUCCCAAAAACUCUGUAUGUUGUUCACGCACUUGAUCCGGAAACCUUACUAGUGCUUCCGAAGUCCACAAUUUUGAUUUUAAAAUAUCAUUCGGCAAUUUUGGCAGAAUCGAAGUGGAUCCACCGUCGAGUACCAACAUUAUUUUUCUCUUAAUUCACAGUAAAUGCAAGUGUCCAAUGUUUAUUGAGAGAGAAACAACAAAAACUAACUAAUCAAACUUCCAAAAAUGUGAUAUCUCCAGCUGUCAAAAUGAUUUUAAUGUUUAUUAAACCACAGAGCAGAUCGCUUCCUAGUCUUCUCGUCAGUCAGUACUCUUUACUUCUGCUCAACGCUGCUUUCGUGGCCACUUUUGGUGGAGUACGUCCGCGGUAUCGCCGAAGAUUUCCGCGGAGUUUUGCAACAACGCAAUUCUGACUUUGUUACCGCAUUAAGCCUCAAGUUGUGAAACACCGCUGAUCCUCCCAAGUAACAAUCUUUAUCUAUAAUAUCGCUACUGAGAUAACCACCAAAAGCUCUCUGGCUGCAUUUCUCACUAGCAUCUACAAGCAGUGGGCUUAAU